AUGUCCGCGCAGUACCGACCGUACCGGGAUGAAGAGGAUGUGCCGCCGGAGGAGCGAGCGUGGGUGGACGACGGACCGAGCGGUCGGAUCCAGAUCUACGAGAAAACGACGCACGAUAUCCACCAUGUCGUCACCCAGCGACACCUAUUGCUCGGAGGAUGCACCAUCGCCUCCGUGGCUGCGAUCAUCGGACUCUGCAUUGGAUAUUUCGCGCAUACGGAGCACACUGUUUGCGCUCGCGGUCGAUCGGUAGCGCUCUUCUCGGUGUAUGACGAAGAUCCGCUCGUCAAAGACAAGAUUCUCGAUAUGGUCAGCGCUAGCCAAUUCGUCCGUCACGUCAAACUCUUCGGGGAAGACUCAUUGCUAGAUGACCAUAUCGUCAAGAUCACAAAAAGCGAGUGGAGGAAGGCUUUGGAUGAAAUCUACACUGACGAGUUCACCGCUCCCGUCACCACUCAGGGCAGCAAGCCCAACUCGAUAGAGAUAAUCUAUCCGAACGGGACUCUGAAGGAAAGAAUGGACCUCAGUUUGACCAUGAAAGAGUUCGUCUUCGUCGGGAACUCGAUAAACAAAACGAUAAACGGACAUCUCGUAUACGCAUCGAAGCUUUAUUUCAAAGACGCGAAGUAUCUCGCUUCGAAAAACUGCACGCAGGGCGCCAUCCUACUCGUCAGGUUUGGAGUCUCUCCCCUGCGUCAACAAGUUAUGCAAGCCACCUCCCUCGGGGCUGCAGGAAUUUUGCUUUACCAAGACAUCUUCGAUUAUCCAAACUUGGAUAUGAACGCUUUCCCUCGAACGAGCGUUCCCGAGGGCGAUAAUUGGUCCGAUAAUUCGCUGGAUGAUCUGGAUGCUAAAGCCAGCUAUAAAAAUCUAGUGGUGCAGACCGUCAACGGACCCAUGGCGAAGAGUCUCCUCCAGCUUCUCGAGAGUUCCGAUUUGGUGGCUCCUUCCAGGAUGAGGGGCAACUCCAGCUCGGUUUAUCAUAUUGGUCCUAGCAGUGUCAGUUUGAAAGUAACCACCCUGCAAAAGACUGCCCCAGAGAAAUUGACCAAUGUGUUCGGCGUACUUCGCGGUCGUGUGGAGCCCGACAGAUACAUCAUCGUGGGCGCUGGCAGAGAUUCCUGGAGUCCCUCGAAUGUGGGCGGACUCGCAUCCCUACAGGAGCUCGCGAGAGUCUUCGGUGAGCUCAAGGAACAGAAAUGGCGGCCGAGGCGCUCGAUCAUUUUCUGCAGCUUCGCCGCGGAACACUUGGGAUCCCUUGGUCUGAACCAUUUUGUGAAGAACCGCUUGAACGUGCUCCGUAAUCGCGCCGUGGCGUACAUCGACGUCUCCAACCCAGUAUUUGGCUUCAAAUCAGUGCUGGGGACCGGUUCUCCCAUCCUGACGCAACGACGCCAUACGAGAGCUCGCGAAGCUUGCCAAAGAAUCCGGUGA